CUCUCUCGAUCAAUGGAUUCAUCAUCCUCGACUUCACGCAGACGAUUAUACGCACAAACACAUAUAUAUCCUAUGAAUCGCCAAAAAUCCAUAUCGAAGCGAAUCGCAAAAGCAAUUAUCGGAAGAUCGUGCCCUAUAUGUUUUACACACAUCGACGAUCGUGAAGCAGCGGUGAUAACAGUGUGUAUGCACGCGUAUUGCAUCGAUUGCAUUAGUAAAUGGAGCUCUUUGAAGCCAAAGUGCCCUCUCUGUAACGCAGAGUUCGAUUCGUGGUUCUGCGGAAUCGACCUCUCGUCUGGAACGUUCCACCAAGAGAAAUUGCCGCUAGUCAGUGAGGGUAAAAGUGAUACAGUGUACGGAAGGAGAAGAGAUCGAUUGGCAGAGCAAAGGGUAAUUAGAAGAUCAAGGGGAGCAUUAAAUAAUGAUAGCUGGAGAACGAAGCCAUUGCAGAGGCAGCGAUCAUUUGGGCAGUCAAGAUUUUCACCUCCUGAUGUUAUUGCAGAAAGAAUUAUGCAUUGGCGUGUUAGCAUAUAUAAGCGGGGCUUGCAAGCUGUUCCUUGUGCUUUUAGGAGUGUUCUUCAGCAGAAUGUAAUAGGAAAUAGUGGUUUUAAGGAAAGGAUGCUGCAGAGAAUAGAGCCUUGGAUACGCAGGGAGCUGCAGGGUAUUCUUGGGGAUCCUGAUCCAUCUAUAAUUGUUCAUGUCGCUGCCUCACUUUUUAUCUCCAGCCUUGAAGAAAAGCACACGGUCCCAUCUGGACAAUUUGGUGUAGAGGAUAACUAUCUUGAACCUUUAAGACCUUUUUUGUUCGAAUGGACCAAGAUGUUCUGGCAUGAACUUAGAUGUUUUGCAGAAAGCUCCUUCACCAUCGACACAUAUGACACUGUGGUUGAAUAUAAACUGAUUGGAUAAAGACAACCAGAAGAGUGACAUACGGAACGAGCUCUGUUAUUUUUCCCUUUCCCUUGCAACCAGAAAUGCUACAUUGGCAUUUUGCAGCUAAAUAGGUCAUGUUUUUUCCAACAGGGAGGUUUUUUCUACACCUCUCUGGGUUUGACUUUGUUGGUGGUAAUUUGCAAUAUUAUCACAAGCUGCUUGAACUGCACUAAUUCAUGUCAUUGACAUUGGUUUAGCUUGGGAGAUGAGCCAAAUGGCAUCAGGCGCCAUUGUUUUGGUAGAGCUCAAGGUUUGGGUUUAGCAGCAUGGAUAAGGUGUCCACGAUCAUCAUUCAAAACUAAAGAAGGGUGAGUCUGAAAGUAAGGGAAGCAGAAAAGUGAUCAUCUUUUAUUUGGCUUCUGACUUAGCUGACAAUGUUAUCAGCCAAACAAUUUGUGCCACAGCUGGUUAAGUAUGAUUACUCACAGCCCAGCGAGACGUGUUAUCCUGAGUUAGAGAUUGGAAAUUCCAGAUUUUAAGUGUUACUUCAUCAAUAGGUAAUCCUUUACAAAUUUCCCUCUUUGUGACAGAUCAACAGAGGGGUUGAGCUCAUACCCAACCACCUUAUCAAGCCCCAUAAAAUCGCCAUUCGUGUUUGCUGGGCAUUUGGUUGGUUCAAUCUUGUAUAAAUAUGCUUUGUUCUUGAUUGGGAUAUUGAUGCCAUUGCCAUUAUUAUGUAUUAGGGAACAAAGUGUCUAACCAACAAUGCUGUUACCCUUGAUUUUGUGUGAGCCUAGAAAAUAAGUAACACUCCAAUGGGUUAAAAAACUGUACUGGUGUUCGAUCUUCCAUCGAUGGGGAUGCCUUGCAUCUGCAGUACACAUUAUAUUCCCUUCUUCCCUCCAUUUUUUGGACUCUAAAAAAGGGGAG